UGAUGAUGGGGGAACCCUUCUUCGACUGUCAGAUCGGCAUCGUGGGCGUCCGGGCGCUCUGCCUGAAAGGCAUCAUGGGAGUGCGGGACUUUGAGGAGAACUUGAACAGACGGGAGGAGGAUGCAGUGUUCUUCAGCUGUGGAGAGAGUCUGAGCAGUAAAGGCAUGACCUACCUGACCAACUCCCUGUUCGACUACCGCUCUCCAGAGAACAACGGUGUCAGAGCAGAGUUCAUCCUGGAUGCCACCAAUCACAAGGAGACCUACACAGAGGGAUCAGGCAUGCAGCGCUUUGGGGCCUUCUACAUGGAUUACCUCUACACAGUGGAGACCAGCAGCACCAAGGUGUGUGUAGGGCAGCAGGACUUCACCAUGGCGACAGGGCCUAAAGAAGAACCGGUCCCCCCUGUCCAAGAGACGUCUGUCAAGAGGCUGGUGGUCGGACCUCUGGACUUACGGCUCGACAGCAGCGCCGUGCACCGCCUUCUCAAGAUGCUGGCCUGCGCCAUGGACCACGAGUACCAGCCCUACUACAAACCACAGCCAGACCCAGUGGAGGUGCCCCGGGCUCCAGCCUCCCAGGAGGAGGUAUCAGUGCUGGAGGAGUUUAUCCCUACCAGGCUGACCUGCCUCACCCUGCAGAAGGUCACUGUCACCCUCAACAUGGCCGAGUUCAACCUCCUACACACACUGAUUCCUGUCAUCAUGGGACAGAAGGCCCCACCAGGUCCGGUCAGUGUGCCAGUCUUCCAGGCGAUGAGGCCCCUGCCGGCCCUCAGGUUCCAGGUGGACAGCGUUAAUGUGGAGCACUCUGUUCCCAUGUUCGCCCCUGAGCUCAUCAACACCGUCUCCUCUCUCAGCCAGCCCUCUGAUAACCUGCUGCACCACUGUUAUACACACUGCUACCUCAAG